CGGCCGGAGCACAGCCGGGAAGCCCUGCCCGGCGCGCGCCGCCGCGCGCCGCCCCCUGCGGCGCCCCUGCAGCAGCGCGCGGCGGAACGGCCUCCCGCCCGCGCGCCGGGAAGGAGGGCUGGCGGCCUCGUCACGUGUCCCGGGCGAUCGCGAAACAGUUCCGGUGGCAGGGAGGCCGUCCCCGCUGCAAGAGGAAUAAAGCGGCCACUUCCCCAGCGGCCAUCCCCUUCCAGCGGAUUGAGCAAGAAUAUUUCAGACGCCGCGGCGAAGACAGUCCCUGCAGCACUAGAUGAUGACCAGCCAUGCGACCUUCUCCAGAGAGGGAGUCGGGUGAAUGAAUCUCAUCCGAAAAGCGGCAGUAUGGAUGCUGGCCCGUCUUGGACCGAAGUGCCACGUGGGAAGAACUCUUCAGGAAAAAGGCAGAGUGAGCCCCACGUCCCCCGCGUGUCCCCCGGGCCCGAGAGCAGCCUCGUGGGCGUCUCCCCGCCGGCCCCGGCGGCUCCUGGGGGCAGCAUCUCCCCGGCGGAAGGCAAAGCCCAAAGGAGCCCGCUGGGGACCCCGGAGAGCAAGCUGUUUCUCACCGUUCGGUCGAUGGGGAUCCUGAAAGGAGAUGCGGACGAGGACAGCGCCAGCGACCUCUCCGACUCGGAGCGGGUCCCCAUGGGCCCUUCGCCGCGCAGGCCUCCAGACCUGCGCCUGCGAGCGGAGGACAUUGACCCGGCCUGCUUCGAUCUGGACCUCGCCCCGGGGCAGCGCCCCGCGAGGCCCCAGUACCGUUACCCCGACUUCCUCCCGCCGCCGUGCAGCUCCUGGGACCUGCGGGGCAUGGCGGUGCUGGCGCACGCGGAGCGCAGGCCCGGCGCCGUGCCGCGCGCGGGCGGGCUGCUGGGCAGGUACGUGGACCGGCUGCUUCAGCUCGAAUGGCUGCAGAUCCAGACCAUCCAGGGCGAGAAGGCCAAGGGCGGCAAAGCCCGGCCGGCCGCCGCGCCCUGCGGGCCCCUGCGGAGCCCAGGCGGAGGCAAGCUCCCCGCAGGCGCGGCGUCCAGGCCCCCCCAGGACGGGGCCCCCAAGCCAGGCCCCGCGCGCAAGAAAGGCCCUCCGCGGGCGCAGGGCCCCGCGGCCUGUCACUCCUUUGUGACUCCCCCCAAGCCCCUCGAGGGGCCGAGCGGCGGCCGGCUGUGUUCUCAGAAGCAGAGCCUCGACCUGAGGGCCGAGGAGAAGAAGAAGAAAUGCAGCAAGAGCCCCCGGCCGCCGCGCUGGCACCUGCCGGCCGGCGGCGACCGCAGCGCCGCCAUGGAGAGCAGUGGCAACAUCCGCGUCCCCAAACAGGCCUCCGCGACCCCGGACCCCGCCGACGCCCACAAGGCCUCCCAACCGCAGGCACACGCGGGCCUGAAGAAGAAGGGGACUGCGAACACCUGCGGCCACGCCUCGGGGUCCGGCGGCGAGAAAAAACUCAAAACCAACGGAGGAAAGCAAAAUGCACAUAAAUUCAAAUGACGGCCGAGACGGGGGACCGCGGAGACCCACAGGGGCCCAAGUAUCAGAGCUCCUUCAAGCGCGACAAUACUGUGAAUUUUAAGAAAUGGUGUGAUGACUGCCACCUAAGGACUCCGCUGGUUCUUCAGUCCGCCCCAACCCCCUCACCCCCACACACCCGGGUUCUCUUCCAAAAAAGGUGUCUGGCAGGAAGCCUGUCUUUUCAAGCAAAUGGUAGCCCUUUGGACAAAAACUAACCAAGGCCUGUGCCAUGCGAAGGGACAAAGCGACGCCUCUCGGAGGAAGAGUCGCCUCCAUUGAACCGGCAGGAAGCGUGGGGAACAGACUGGCACGUCCAGCACCCCCCACUCCCCUGGCCUGUGCGCAGGGAAACAGCGCCUCCAGCGUUACCCACCUGGGGUGUGAAGCGGCAGAGGGGGUGAGGCCUCUGAGUCCCCGUCAUGGGCCCUUGGAGCAGAAGCCCUGUCCCAUUCAGUCCCAGAGGCUCAGUUUAGGGAGCAUGUACUUUGAGCAAAGACGUUUAU